AUGAUGAUCAAGCAGAUCGACGACAAUAAUGAUGAAUGCAUCGAUCUCAGCAAGUUUAUCGAACUCAACACCAAAGACAUUGAUUCCGAUGAGGUUUUGGAGAAUCUCGCCGAGGCUUUCUCUAUGUUUGAUAUCGAUAAGAAUGGAUUGAUCUCUGCCGUGCAAUUGAUCAAUAUGCUUCAGAGCCUCGACAAGGAAUGCUCGAUCAGCGAGUGUAAGAAGAUGAUCAGUGGUGUUGAUUGUGAUGGCGAUGGAAUGAUCAGUUUUGAGAUGAAGAAGAAGAAAAAGAAGAAGAAGAGGAGGGAGACGAUAUAG